AUGGAGAUCUCAGGGGCUACUACUUUUGUCUCUGAGGACUCUGCUUUGCGUAUUGCUGAGGCUGAUGAACUGCUUCACAAGUUUGUGUGUAAGAAUAAUGGGGUGCUCUUUGAGAACCAGCUGCUGCAAAUUGGGGUGAAGUCAGAAUUCCGGCAGAACUUAGGCCGUAUAUACCUUUUCUAUGGGAACAAAACAUCUGUCCAGUUCCAGAGUUUCUCCCCAACAGUCAGCUAUCUUGGCGACCUGCAGAGCCAGCUCAACAUUCAGACAAAAGCAGUGGAGCCACUGGUGGAGGGAGGGGCUCAGGUUCAACAGGUCCUGAACAUUGAAUGCCUGAGUGAUUUCACCGAGAGCCCCCUCAUCAACAUUAAAUUCCGCUAUGGUGGGACAUUGCAGAAUCUCACUCUCAAAUUGCCUAUCACCAUCAACAAGUUUUUCCAGGCAACAGAGAUGCAGUCACAAGACUUUUUCCAGCGCUGGAAACAACUCAGCUUGCCACAACAGGAAGCUCAGAAAAUCUUCAAGGCAAACCACCCUAUGGAUUCAGAAGUGACAAAAGCAAAGCUGUUAGGUUUUGGCAGUGCACUCUUGGAGAAGGUGGAUCCAAACCCUGAUAACUAUGUAGGAGCUGGGAUCAUCCAGACAAAAGCAUUGCAGGUUGGAUGCUUGCUGCGACUGGAACCCAAUGCUCAGGCACAGAUGUACCGGCUGACCCUCCGUACCAGUAAGGAGUCUAUUUCAAAGCACCUUUGUGAGCUGCUUUCUCAGCAGUUCUGAGGCAUCUGCCACACCAGAGGAAAAGGAGGCCAUUCCUGCACACUAGAUGCCUCUGUCCAUCUCAUCCCAACUCUCUCCAAACCAGGGGCCUCCAGAAAGACUGUACUGCUCCUCACCUGUUGUUGUGAUAACUUCUGUGUUCUCAUUGCCUAGCCCAGGCCAGCAUCAAGGGGGAUAAGCAAAGGGGGAGCAAAAAUAUGGACUCUUGGACAAAGUCAAACUGGGGAGGGG